CGCCUCCGAGCUAUGUAAAGAGGCCCGGCUUGGGGUCGCGCUACACUAGACUCCCGUGUCCCUCCGCGCAGGCGGGCGGCCCCGGAGAGCUAGUGCCUGCAAAGGCGGCGACGGCGGUGCCCCCUCCUCAUCAUGAACAGAGGCUUCUCCCGAAAGAGCCACACGUUCCUGCCCAAGAUCUUCUUCCGCAAAAUGUCAUCCUCAGGGGCCAAGGACAAGCCUGAGCUGCAGUUUCCCUUCCUUCAGGAUGAGGAUACAGUGGCCACACUGCAAGAGUGCAAGACACUCUUCAUCCUGCGUGGCCUGCCUGGAAGUGGCAAGUCCACACUGGCACGGGUCAUCGUGGACAAGUACCGUGAUGGCACCAAGAUGGUGUCUGCUGAUGCUUAUAAGAUCAACCCUGGCACUCGAGGAGCCUUCUCUGAGGAAUACAAGCGGCUUGAUGAAGACCUGGCUGCCUACUGCCGCCGGGAUAUCAGAGUUCUUGUGGUAGAUGACACCAACCAUGAGCGGGAACGGCUGGAGCAGCUCUUUGAAAUGGCUGACCAGUUCCAGUACCAGGUGGUGCUGGUGGAGCCCAAGACAGCAUGGCGGCUGGACUGUGCCCAACUCAAGGAGAAGAACCAGUGGCAGCUGUCAGCCGAUGAGCUGAAGAAGCUGAAGCCUGGGCUGGAGAAGGACUUCCUGCCUCUCUACUUCGGCUGGUUCCUGACCAAGAAGAGUUCCGAGAGCCUCCGCAAGGCUGGCCAGGUCUUCCUGGAUGAGCUGGGGAACCACAAGGCCUUCAAGAAGGAGCUUCGACACUUUGUCUCUGGGGAUGAGCCCAGGGAGAAGAUUGAACUGGUCACCUACUUUGGGAAGAGACCCCCAGGUGUGCUGCACUGCACAACCAAGUUCUGUGACUACGGGAAGGCCACUGGGGCAGAUGAGUACGCCCAGCAGGAUGUGGUGAAGAAAUCUUACUGCAAGGCCUUCACGCUGACCAUCUCUGCCCUCUUUGUGACACCCAAGACAACUGGGGCCCGGGUGGAGUUGAGUGAGCAGGAGCUGCUGUUGUGGCCCAAUGACGUGGACAAGCUGUCCCUCACUGAAAGCCUGCCCCGGGGAAGCCGUGCUCACAUCACCCUUGGCUGUGCAGCUGACGUGGAGGCUGUGCAGACAGGCAUUGACCUCUUAGAGAUUGUAUGGCAGGAGAAGGGGGGCAACCGAGGCGAGGAGGUAGGUGAGCUAAGCCGGGGCAAGCUCUACUCCUUGGGCAAUGGGCGCUGGAUGCUGAGUCUGGCCAAGAAGAUGGAGGUCAGGGCUAUCUUCACGGGAUACUAUGGGAAAGGCAAACCUGUGCCCACCCACGGCAGCCGGAAGGGGGGUGCCCUGCAGUCCUGCACCAUCAUAUGAGUGUGCUCAGCAGCGCAGCCCCUUGCUCUUUAGAAGGGAAGGGGAGAACAGGGAAAUACCCUCCGUUUGACCUGUGUUUAAAGAUCUUUUUUUUUUUUUUUUUUUUACUCAAAGUUAAUCUAACCUGUAACUUUUUGAAAACUUGUAAAAUAACUGCCCUUCCCUUCCUGCCUGCUCUCUUCCCCUCUAAUACUCAAGCUCUCAACACAAGGGGAGUAGGUAGGCACCAUUCAGGAACCUGAGCCUGGAGCUGCAGCCAGAACUCCAAGCUCUGCUCUGCCUCCAGGUACUGGCAGACCCAGCCCCUAGCCCAGGCCCACUGCUCUGGCCAGGGGUGGGCCAGUGGAGAGAGAGACCUCAGAGCUGCAUAAAGCCAGCUGACUGAAGGCAAAGGUAAUGAGCUGGGGCUCGUAACCACAGCUAGGGAAAACUAGCAGCAGCUGUGGGAGGGGAGGAUCCUUGGGCUUUUUUCCCGUUUCUUAAUCAGUAUUAGCCUCAGGAAGGCUGGGGCUAUUUACCAGCACAGACAAAAGGGGUUUACCUCCCACCUUCACUCCUAGGUUCCUGUCCCCUCCUUCACACCAUAACUAAGUAAUAGUUUGAUAACCAGGGAAGAAAACAGAAUAAACAACAGCCACAUGCCAGACUGGCUACUGGUCUCACUCCAGGAAGGGGAUGGGCUGGCCAUCCUUUCCAGUGGUGGGGCUCUCUUGUGAGCAUGGGGAGAUCAAGGCCAGAGACAGCAUGUUGGUGGGGAAGCUCCCGUCUUGCUGUCUGCCCAGCCCAUCUUGCCUCCGUGGUGCCUCUGGAGGCCUCUGGGCCUCCUCUAAAGGGGGUUGGUGGGUACUAAGAGCUAAUGGAGUAGACCCCUAGCUGGUAAGGACCAAGUCCCACCUGUUGCCUCUGGGAAGGGAUUUUUAACACUGCUACAUGUGUUAUGGUUCCUGGGGUGCCCUCCACUGCCCUCUGCUCAGUAACAGGGCCUUGCUAAUCAGGUUGUCAGUCAAUGGAAGUGCUUGGGAUUUAAGUUACUAUCCUGGCUUUGCCCAAUCUUAGCAACCUGUAAGACUGAUAAUGAAAUAAAUCAUGU